AUGGUAAAGCCUACGAUCAACAACUGCAUGAUUUUUCGAGUGCUCAUUAGUGGAGGAAGUUCUCUGAACAUCCUCUUCUCAGGUGCACUUGAUGCAAUGCAGAUCUCCCAAUCUGCCAUCAAGCUGGUUACUCAAACCUUCUACGACAUAGUGCUCGGAUCUUCGUCCAUGCCUAUCGGCCAUAUAUUGCUUCCCAUCACCUUUGCGAGGCAUGAUAACUUCUGGACAAAGAAGAUUCUGCUCAAUUUGGUCAAUUCCGAGAUUGUGUACAAUGCCAUCUUAGGACGACCAAUCCUAGCCAAGUUCAUGGAUGUCGUGCACUACGCCUACCAGUAUGUGAAGAUCCCAAGACCUGUGGGAGUCAUCACCAUCCGGGGUUGCCCCAAGGUGGUCCUCUGCUGCGACAAGUAG